AUGAUGGAUUUAUGGGUCACAAAGGUAAUAGCAGAUGGUAUCUUGCUGAAUGGUGAAGUCUUAUGCCAAAAGUGGACAGCAUUUGCAAAUUUGAAGAGGAUACCAGAGAAUGAGAGAUUAGACUUGAGCUCUGAAUGGCUGUCAAAGUUCAAGAAGUGGAACAAUUUAAAGGAAUUCAAGCAACAUAAUGAAGCUGAAUCUGCUGAUCUUAUUGAUCCUAAUACAAUGCAUAUCACCAGUGUUAAGAGAAGCAAAGCUCACUUGACAUAUGCAUUCACUGUAAAUGCUGAUGGCUCUGACAAAAAAGGGCCUUUCAUCAUCAGAAAAGCCCAUAAAUCUUCCAAUUUCUCAGAACACAUUGUUCCUGAAGAUGAUCUGCAGUGUAUAACUGUCAAGAAUUUCAAGCCUAACAUGACCUCACACAUCCAGCCACUUGAUGCUGGCAUCAUUCACUGCUUUAAAGCCCAUUACCAAUUGAGCUACAUUCAGCAGGCUAUUGAUCACUAUAAUAGUGAUAUCUCUCCUGCUAGAAUCUAUGAUAUCAAUCAACUCAAGGCUAUGCAGCUUGCUGAUGCUGCAUGGAAAUCAGUGGAUGCUUCCACAAUAAAGCACUGUUGGCAGAAAGCUGGAAUCUUACCUGAUAUUCCUCUUGCUCCUGUUGUGUCAGUAUCAAUUUUCAUCACUUCACUUGUUCAGGAUUCUAUUGCAGACAUGGAGAAGCAGCUGAAGGAAUCCUUUGAUGAUCUCCAAGGCACAGGUGUAUUGCAACACCAUAACUGUAUUGAUAUUGAAUCCUUGCUAAAUCCAGAGAUAGAGAAUGUGGAUGUGGAAGAGACAACAGACAAAGAUAUCUUUGAUGCAGUGAUGGCAUCACAGAAUGCAGAAGAAGGCAUGGAUGAGAAUGGACUCAGUGGUGAUGAUUCAGUGUUAGAACCUUCUGUCAGAACUCUUCAAAAGUACAUUGAGAUCAUGGAUGAUCCAUUUGCUCAGAACUUAGAAAGCAUUUUGGCUUUGUUUGGACAAAAAACAAGGCUUGAUCAGGCUAAUUCACUUCAGGACACCCAGAUUACAAGCUACUUCACUUCUAAAUAG